CAGGGCAUGCGGUAGUGUGUAAGCAGUCUGGAGUUACAGGAGCGUAGUGGUCGCAAAACAAGUCUAAUGCUCGAACCAAGGAUGUCUAUAUCAAAGAGGAAGGUGGACUACGACUGACUGACUUUUAAUUGCCUUUUCAUGCAAAGAGGUUGCCCAUUAUUAACAUGAUAGAAUGGUCGGCUGCAGUGCCCACUCCAAAGAUGGCGGCACUUAGCCGGGUUCGAGCCCUCGUAUUGGUGUUCUUAACUGUCAGUGGCUGUUUGAUAAGCUUGACAGGUGCGAGGGAAAGCGCAGAACAGACGGUCAUUAUCGGUCUUAGACUGGAAGAUACAGACGACGUUUCCUUUAUGGACAGAGGUACCAUGCGGAUCAGCGAGAAGUCUCGUGUCAAGUUGAGGGUAUAUGGGCAAAACAUUAACAACGAGACAUGGUCCAGAAUUGCAUUCACGGAGCACGAGCGCACAAGACUGUUUGGCAACGUUGACAGUUCUUUCGGGGACAACGAGAGCAAAGAGCACAUCACUAAUAUUCAUCCCUGUGGCAUUAGAACCUCAGACAUAGUUAUUCUGCCAAACAUUGUCGUCAACAGAAAGACGUCUGGGGUUGUUGAAAUGGAAGUCAAACCCCUGAGAAAGACCGAAAGGAGUAAAGCGUACUAUCUCUGUGUUACAACCUCAACGCGUGCUCUGGCUGGCCUACACGAUCCUUGGACGGAAAACACCUGGGUCUACCACGAUGGCCAGGACACCAAAGUCAUAGUUGUGGAGGAGAGGAAGUUCUUGCUUCCCUUCUGGCUGCAGGUAAUCUCUAUCGCGAUGCUGCUCUGCUUGUCCGGCAUGUUCAGCGGACUGAAUCUGGGGCUGAUGGCGCUGGAUCCGAUGGAGCUUCGGAUUGUUCAAAACUGCGGCACAGAAAAGGAGAAGAAUUACGCCAAGAAGAUCGAGCCCGUGCGAAGUCAGGGUAAUUACCUGCUCUGCUCGCUACUUUUGGGGAACGUACUAGUCAACACUACCUUGACCAUUUUGUUGGAUGAUAUUGCAGGUUCUGGGUUGAUUGCGGUCGUGGUGUCAACUAUUGGAAUAGUGAUAUUCGGUGAGAUCGUGCCGCAGGCUAUAUGUUCACGGCACGGUCUUGCAGUUGGAGCUAACACCAUAUUCCUGACCAAGUUUUUCAUGCUGAUGACAUUCCCAGCUUCCUAUCCAGUGAGCAAACUGUUAGAUCAUGUCUUGGGGCAGGAGAUCGGAACGGUGUACAAUCGAGAAAAGCUCCUAGAGAUGCUGAGGGUGACGGAUCCUUAUAAUGAUUUAGUGAAAGAGGAGCUGAACAUCAUUCAGGGUGCGCUCGAGCUCAGGACUAAGACCGUGGAGGCUGUGAUGACGCCGCUGAGAGACUGUUUCAUGAUUGCCAAAGAUGCUAUUCUGGACUUUGGUACCAUGUCGGAAAUUAUGGAGAGCGGGUACACGCGCAUACCCGUCUUUGAAGGGGAUCGAUCUAACAUUGUGGAUCUGUUGUUUGUCAAAGACUUGGCAUUUGUGGAUCCGGAUGACUGCACGUCUCUAAAAACCAUUACUAGGUUCUACAGUCAUCCGAUGCAUUUUGUAUUCAAUGACACCAAGUUGGAUGCUACGCUAGAGGAAUUUAAGAAAGGUAAAUCCCACCUGGCCAUCGUCCAGAGGGUGAACAACGAGGGCGAGGGCGACCCGUUCUACGAGGUGCUGGGCAUCGUCACCCUGGAGGACAUCAUCGAGGAGAUCAUCAAGUCCGAGAUCCUGGAUGAGACCGACUUGUACACUGACAACAAGUCUAAGAAGAAGAUUGUCCAUCGGGAGAGGAAGCAGGACUUCUCAGCCUUCAAGCCCACAGACAGCGAGAUGAAAGUCAAAGUAUCACCUCAGCUUCUGCUGGCUGCCCUGCGUUUCCUAGCAACAGAAGUGGAGCCCUUUGGCCCCUGUCACAUGUCAGAGAGGAUCCUGCUGCGCCUCCUCAAGCACCCCAAUGUCAUCCAGGAGCUGAAGUACGACGACAAGAACAAGAAGGUUCCAGAACACUACCUCUUCCACCGCAAUAGGCCGGUGGACUACUUCAUCCUGCUGCUGCAGGGGAAGGUGGAGGUGGAGGCAGGAAAGGAGGGGAUGAAGUAUGAAGCUGGACCUUUUUCCUAUUAUGGAAUGAUGGCUCUGAUGGCCUCUCCGGUGCUAACACUCAACAGUAAGCCAUCAUACAUUAGUUUGAAGUUGUGUUAUGUGCUAUUUUGUUGGUGGGCAGAGAAUAAAUCCCCGCCGCGGUCGUUCGGGUUGAACCACUCGGACUCCCUGAGCCGCGGCGACCGGAUGGACGCCAUCACGCCCACACUGGGGAGCAGCAACAACCAGCUGAACGCCUUCCUGCAGAUCUACGUCCCCGACUACUCCGUCAGGUGCGCCAGCGACCUGCUCUACAUCAAGGUGACUCGGCAGCAGUACCAGAACGCACUCAUGGCCUCGCGGCUAGACAAGACGCCGCAGUCCUGCGACGGGGAGUACACGAGACUGGAGCUGACGCUGACGGAGAUCCCCGACGGCUCGCGGGGCGAGACUGCCAACCUGCUGAACUGCCUGGGGCGCGGAAAGGCGAACCGCGCGCCCCACAGCGAGGGCGCGAUCUAGGAGGGAGGGGCAGGAUCGCCGCCGCAAACGCCAAACGCGCUGCAGCACUCGCGGCUCGGAGCCCGGUAAAACGGGCUUGUCAUCUCUCUCGCUGGCCGGACCGCGCACACGCGCGUCCCCAGACCAAAGAGUUUGGACCGCUCUCGUUUAGGGGGAGGAACAAGAGGUGACCGAGGUGACCGCUGUGGGGAGGGAGAGGGGAAAAAAAACACCAAAAAAACAAAAUUAGCGGAAAGAGUGCCGAGAUCAGAAUGUGCCAAAUGCUGCCAUUAUGGCAACCGUGAACCAAGAAUGUUUUUGUUAAUUUAUUUUAUCAAUGUGUGUUUAUAUACGGUAUCUCCUUACGGUCCUGUGUAACUGAUCAUGUUGGGGAGAUUUAUAAAUGUGUAUUACUACAUAUCGGUGCAACAAAUCUUAAAUCAGUUUUUUUUUUGUUAUUCUAGUGGACCACACUGAUAAUUUAUUUUAUAUGACUGUAUUUCAAAUGAUUAUAUAGCAGAUUGCAGAUCUAACUUGAUUUUUAAAAUAUGUCGUCUUUAAGGGCAAAGCAGCCUAAAAUCACUAUUUUUACUUUUUCUGGCAUGUAGCACUAUAUUUCCUUUUUGAUACUCAUUUGUAUGAGCGCAAUUGAGUCUGAGGUGGGAGAACACGUUCAUGUCCGUAGGUCUGUCACGUUAGUCACGAGGUAUAUAAAAAAGGUCAGAGGUCAACCCUCAGUCUGCUGCUCAUUUAGCAAUGUUCAGUGCAUGAUUUUGUUUGUUUUUUCCUCAUUCAUACAGCCAGCUAACACUGUGGAAAUGGCUUCUUCUUCUGAAACUCCAUAAAUGCACUUUGUCAAUGGAAAAAGUGACAAGAACUAACAUCGGCUUCAGUUCGUUAAUUUCACAAACGAGCGGAGUAUGACAUUGUUGAUCCGCAUGUGGUCUUCUUAUAUGCAGAUUUUAUAAGACACGAAGUAUAGGUGGAUUCUCAGAUUGUGCACCACAAUUGAAUUUCAAGUUCAGAAAUUCUAGAAAAUUUAUGGUCCCAUCCAUAACCACCUUUUUGUGUAUAAAGUCAGUGUCUUUAUUUCCCAUGGCCCAGAACGAAUAAAAUGUUUUGUUAAUAGAAAAGGCGUAUGCAUCUAAAAGGACUGCAUCCAUGCCUGUGACUCUACAGUGUGUGGACUUUCACGGGAAAGAUCUCACAGAAGCACACUGAGAGAAGCCCUGUCUGUCUACCUCCAUCUGUCCACGUCUCUCACAGUCUGAAGAUUUAAGAUAAGGAGCUGCUACAGCCUCUCGGCUGCCGUGUACACACCCCUCAUCCUGGGCUGUCCCGUCGGAAAAGCGUGCGUGUCUCCGGACUGUCCGGAAUGCUGGACCAGAAUGCCGAACCGGAAUACUGGACCGGAAUGCCAAACCAGUUCACGUUGUUGGUCCUGACAGAUCUCACCUGGGCAGACAGGUAGCUGUCAGAAAACAGGACCUUAUUUAUAUGCAGUUUUUGUACCAAUAAUAUAGUAUUAUAUAAUAUUAACCUGAAUGAUAUAUACUUGUGUAUAUGCACACUGAUCAGUGUUGUUGGUACAAUAAAGAAUGAAGGUUCAAUGUAA